AUGUCUGAAGAACAGAUCAAUGAAGCUGUAGAUACUUUAAAAAAUUCUAAAAACUACACACCUUUGAUUUCGAUAGUAACCACGCAUGUCACUGAAAUAUUGGAGUUAGAUAAAAAUGCGCAGUACAACAAAAAAAUUUGUGGUGCAUUAAUUGAGCGUGUGAGAUCUGUUGAGUUUGGGAUUAGAAUAUUGUUGCGUAGAAAACCAGAGAUUGAAGAAAACUUUAAAAAGGAAAAUUAUAUUGAUAAUUUUGAAAAGUUUGCAAAAACUAUGAUAGAAAUUAAAAAGUUCGUUGCAGAUAUUACACAGUUCCAAAGGUUUAGGUUUCUUAAGACAGAUACAGUUAAAGAAAAAUUUUUGGAAUUGACAAAGAGAUCUGAUACCUGUAUGGGAAUGUUAGACUUCACUAUAGUAACUGAUCAAGAAAAACUAAAACAAAUAGACGAUGAAAGUUUAAAGGAAGACUUAAAUGAAAUGACAGAG